AUGGAUGAAAAUAGUAUCUCAACCACAAAAGGCUUUGAUGGCCAAAAUCAUUCUUCAGCCGACAAUGUGCCAGCCACUACCUCUUCAAGAGAUUCGAACCAAAACAAGUGCCCGGCACAAAGUGCUUUGAAAAGAUUGGAACGACAUGCAGCCGGCAUUUACGAGGAGGUGGACUCUGUUAGCCGAUCCAUCUCGCAGCAGGCUUACAGAAUAGAGCAGAUGGAACAACAGUUGGAGAACGCACAUCAGCGCAUCCAGAAGUUGGAGGUUGAACUUCAAACGCGGAUAUUUAGAUCUAUGCCUGAUUACCAAGUCAGUGAUGCGAGUAUUUCCGAGGAUUUCUUGGUAAUACGCGAUAGCCUCUGCGAGUGGAUGGAGGGAUUUCCUGAUAUAAGGUCUUUCACCGAAACUCUUGAUAAUGCCAUCCAUCGCCGAGGCAUUGAUAAGAACAUGUUUACCUUUCCGAGAGAGCUUCAGCUAGAAUUCGAUCAUGCACAAACUGAGAUAUUGACAAUGAUUAGCUUCGGUAUUAUUCGAGAACAUGUACUCGAAUCUCUAGUAUUCGCCGCACCGCCAGCGGAUCAAGAACUUCUGGAACGCCUCUAUAACAUGAUGUCGAUGCUGGAACCGAAAAAAGGCUCGAGAAACAGAUCUUACCACAAAUUGCAGCUCUUGCGCUGA